GGAAAAAAAAAAGCUUUUGAGGUCCCAUAUAAUUCUUAGAAUUGAGUACACAUUCAGCUAAUGUAUGUAACAUACUGUCAAAAGAGGCUGUAAUUUUUACAGAGAAUAAUGACAUCAUGUCCAAGCUCUAUUACUAUUAUUAAUAUUGAAGGCCAAUUCUGACUAGGAAACAGCUCUGUUUCUUUGAGCUGCACUUUGAAUAUAAGCAUUGCAACAUGCACCAGCAGGCCUUUAGUAUGGUCUAGUAGUGUGUGUGGUGAGUGCAGCUGAUUUGAGGAGGAGGCAAUGGUUUUAUGAAUUAGGUUGGAUAAGGGGGGAUCAAUAUAAAAGCAGAAUCCUCACAGAAUGAACAGGAGUCUGGCUGCCAGGGUAAUCAGCUUGUCCAGAGACAUCAUGUUUGCUCCCGUGUUAGUGGCUGGUAUUCUAGGCCUUCUUGUUGGAACGGCUGUACCUAUGUGCAUCCUGACAGAAUACACUCUCUAUGUUGAGAAGCAAGAGUGUGACUACUGUGUGGCCAUCAACACAACAAUAUGCAUGGGCUUCUGUUUUUCGAGGGACAGUAACAUGAAAGAAUUGUUGGGACCUCGCUUUCUAAUCCAGAGGAGCUGUACCUAUCAGAAUGUGGAGUAUCGUACAGCAGUUUUGCCUGGCUGUGCCCCUCAUGCUGAUUCUCACUUCACCUACCCAAUCGCUCUCAGCUGCCAUUGUAGCAUGUGUAACACACGCAGUGAUGAGUGUGCCCACAAAACCAGAUUCAGUGCAGCCAAGUGCUCCAAACCAGUCCGACAUUUGUAUCCCUAUCCUGGGCAAAAUGACUACAUCUAAUUCAGCUUCAGUGAUACUUUUGAUAACAACUAUAUUUCAGAGUCAGAUUGGGGACUUGAAGACUUUGUUUUGACCUGAUCUGUACAUAUAAUAAAAACUACAAAUGUAAUAAAAACAUGUCUGCAGCCAACAGUGGAACAGCUGUUUUGUUUGUUCAGCUGCUGAAAU